AUUCUGGAAGCAUCCAGAGAACACAAGAGGAGAUCCGGCCCCUUUUUUCCCCUCGCCUUCAAAUUACCCCCCAAUUUUUGCUCCGAUCAUUUUCAAUUGUUCGAAACCCUAAGUGAGAUCUAGAGAGAGAGAGAGAGAGAGAAAUCCUAAGAGUGAGAUUUAGAUUGGAUUGGUUGCGGGUGGUUCUUGCUAGGGUUAGGGUUAGGGUUUUUGAGUGGCGAUGGCUGGAUUCGGGCUGAUGAAGACGAAGAGGAAGGAUCUGGAGGAGGUUUACGAUGAAUUCUCUGAGUUCUCACUCAAUUCCCCGGCGAGAAAGAUUCGGAGGCUGGAUGCUGAAUUGCCUCCUAUUAUGGAAGAAGAAGACCAAACAGUUCCUUUACCAUUUGAGAAUCAAAUGCCGCAAGAAGUAGCUGGUGCUGAAAUUGUGGAUUUGGACUUGGAGCAGAUUCCUUUGAAUGAGGAGAGAGCUUUGGUUUUGUAUAAGCCAGUUGAUAAUCACCUCGUUGUGUCGCCUAGUUCGACUUUUAGUGUGAACCCAGACUUGAUUUAUGGUCUUAAGAAUCAAGCUUUGCGUGCUGUAACAGCAGAGGAAAUGCCUGAAGAUAAACAAGCUGUUGCUAACAACUCGCUCGCCGUUAUUCCCUGGGCGCCAUCCCAUGCCUCUUCAUUGAUCAUCUCAGAAUCCGGAGGAGGGAUACAAAUAGAGGAAACAAUGGAAGCAGAAGAAGGAACCAGCGGUGCAUCGAUGGAAGUCGAGGAAACUGGACGUCAAACUGAUGGCAACACUGCAAUCGAAGGUUUUCAUCAACGGCAGCAACAUUGUAUGGUUCCGCAGCCACCACAGAAUGCCUCUACUCCUAUCAUGUGGUCAUGGGGUAUAGGAACUUAGAUAGCUCUUCAUUUCUAGCAGAAGAAAACCAGAGCAAGGAACGAAGUUCUAGCUAUUUGUACAUUCAGAUGUGUUUCAAGUUCAGGUCUGGAGACAGGGUAAUGUACCAUCAGCAUCUGGAGCUCUUGAAUCUUUGUAUGAGUUGUCAUGAGCAAUCUCCACCCUUGUAUUUUGGAUGGUAUGUGUUUCUGUAAAUGUGACAGCAAGCUGCAUGAGCUGUGUGCCUUUUGUUUUUGGCUUAAAUACCCUAUAUUUUGCCCUUCUC